AGAAGAAGAUAACUCAGAACGCAGAGAAGAGGAGAGAGUGGGAAAAAAGAGAAUGGAGGAAGCAAAAGGAGUAGUGAAGCACAUAGUGGUGGCAAAGUUCAAGGACGAUAUUAGCCCUCAGCAGAUUGAGGAACUCAUCAAUGGUUAUGCCAAUCUCGUCUCUCUCGUCCCUUCCAUGAAAGCUUUCCAAUGGGGAAAGGAUGUAAGUGCUGAGAACAUGCAUCAAGGUUUUACACACGUGUUUGAGUCAACUUUUGAGAGUACUGAAGGCGUUGCAGAGUAUGUAGCUCACCCUGCACAUGUUGAAUAUGCAAACUUGUUUCUUCCCUGUUUGGACAAAGUCAUCGUCAUUGAUUAUAAGCCUACCACACUUCACGUUUGAUUCCAAUACUACUACUGCAACUAUGUGAGUGUGUGUUAUGCCACCAUUGUUGUGUUAGAACUUACAAACAAAUAAGCAUGGUUUCCUCUGGGCAGCAUUUGUGUACCUCUGUUAUAUAUAUAUAUGUCAAAGUUUUUUUUCUGUGACAA